CAGGUCACUUUCAACAUGGAGAGUGGAGCAGGAAGGCACUGGACUGAGGAGGAGGUUAAAGCCUUGUUAAGCGUCUGGUCAGAAAAAAACAUCAGAAAGCAACUCCAUGGAACACUAAGGAAUAAAGGAAUAUUUAUUUACAUUGCUAAAAGGCUACAGGAGCUGGGGAUCUGCAGAGACUGGAAACAAUGUCGUGCAAAGUAUAAAAACCUGAAAUAUGAAUAUAGGACAGUUAAAUAUGCCCACAACUCAGGAGAUGCUACAAAGACCAUGAAGUUUUUCCACGAAUUGGAUGCCAUAUUGCAACAUGAACCUGUCACACAGUUAACAGAGGAAGAGAACGGCAGGUGUUCAGCAAAUGACAUCAUAAAUGCCACCAGGGAGAACAAUGAAGGUGAAGUUGCAGUUACACUGGAAGAGGAGGAAGAUCCUCCUGCAAACCCACUACUUUUUAUGUCCCACUGCAGGCCCAUUCAACUAGGUAACACAUAUCUGAGUCUCUCCCCUAUUCUGCCUGAUGCAGGUAACCCAACCCCAAUACUAGAUGCGACCAGAAGUCUGCCAUACAUUCCAUCUGUAGCAAAUGAAGGAGGAAAACAUUGGACUAUUAAUGAAGUUAGAGCUCUAAUACGUGUCUGGUCAGAUAAAAGCAUCCAGCAACAACUCGAGGGAACGGUGAGAAACAAAAGAAUAUUUGAACAUGUUGCUGCUAGACUCCAAAAAUUUGGAAUCGACAGGGACUGGAAGCAGUGCAGGACAAAAUAUAAAAAUCUAAAGCAUGAAUAUAAGAGUGUAAAAAAUGCCCAAUAUUCAGGCAACACAAGCAAAAGUAUGAAGUUUUUCAGAGAGCUGGAUGCUAUUCUGGGCCACAGCAAUGCAGAUAAAACAAGCAGGUCGGAUAAUGAUGACAGCGAGAAGCCUGUAGAAUGGGUAGAAACUAAAACAGAAAAGAAUUUCAGAGAAUUACAUGGAGACACAGGUGCGGAAGAUUCUGUUAGUAGUAUGUCAGGAGAUCUGCAGCUCACAGACACAAGGAAAGUGAAAGACCCAGUGCUCCACAGCGCAGUAGACAGAACUAAUUAUCUAAAUGGAGAUUUGGAAGAGCCCAUUACCACACAUGUGAAGGAAGACAUAAAAGAAGAAGUUACUGACUUAGAAAUCCCGGAAGACGACGAUUCCAUCCACAGUACUCCCGAAGGUACAGAGCUCUCACACAUAAAGCAAGAGCCGAUUGACGUAGAUGAUGAUUCUAUCAGUACAACCUCAGAGGAUGCACCUGGGUUUUCAAUGUGUAAACAGAUUACAGGGGCAGACCAUCAAAUGUCCUUAAACGAAGCACAGAAUCACUUUAGAGUUAUUACGAUUAACGACACAGGAGCAGGAAAGCACUGGUGUGACAAUGAAGUCAAAGCUCUGAUAAAUAUUUGGUCCGAUGAGGAGAUACAGCAAAUGCUUGAAGGAGCAACAAGGAAUAAAGAAAUAUUUGAGGAGAUUGCCAGAAGGCUAAUGAAGGUUGGAAUAGACAGAGACUGGAAGCAGUGCCGCACAAAGUACAAAAACUUAAAAUAUGAGUAUCGUGCGUUGCAGAAAGAAAACGACCAGGUUGGCAAUGCAAGAAAGAGGAUGAGGUUUUAUGAUGAAAUCGACUGCAUUUUGAGAAGCCAGCCCUCAGAGACAGCUGCAGAAGUUACCACAGACACAGCCCCACUGAGUGUCAAAAGAAAAGCCUCUCAAGAUGACCCCUCACCCAUUCAGUUUAAGAAAAGUGUUUCUGAUAACUUAACAAUCCAGUCGCAAGGUGUGUCUGACAGCAUGCAUACUGUAAUCAAGAGCCGAAGGAUGCUUCUAGAGAGAUUUUACAAGCAGGAAGAAAUGCAAGAUACCAGCAGAACACAGAUGAAUAGCAGCGUCCCUGCAGUGAAACAGGCGUCUCUCCAGGCGGUCUCUGCGAUGCCUCCCAUACGCUCAGAACUUAAACUUGGCAAAAAAAUAAAUGAGGGGAAAACAAAAGAAGUCUAUGAAUUGCCAAAUCUCCCAGGAUGUGUUCUGCUUCAAUCGAAAGACCAGAUAACGGCCGGAAAUGCAGCUAGAAGGGAUCUCAUGGAAGGGAAGGCCGCAAUCUCAAAUACAACAACAAGCUGUGUGUUUCAGUUGCUCCAGGAGGCUGGAAUUAAAACUGCUUUUGUGAGGAAGCAUAGUGACACGGCAUUCAUCGCUGCUCACUGUGAAAUGAUUCCAAUUGAAUGGGUUUGCAGAAGAAUUGCUACAGGUUCUUUCCUGAAGAGAAACCCUGGUGUCGAGGAAGGCUACCGCUUUAACCCACCUAAGAUUGAGAUGUUUUAUAAGGAUGAUGCAGCCAAUGAUCCACAGUGGUCUGAAGAGCAACUCAUUGAAGUUAAGUUCAAGUUUGCGGGCCUUGAAAUUGGACAGACUGAAGUUGACAUUAUGGCCCAGUCGACUCGAGCCAUUUUUGAAAUACUUGAGAAAGCAUGGCAGCCCCUGAACUGUACUUUAGUGGACAUGAAGGUUGAGUUUGGUGUGAAUGUCGCUACAAAAGAGAUUGUUCUUGCUGAUGUCAUUGAUAAUGAUUCUUGGCGAUUGUGGCCAUCUGGAGACAGAAAACAACAGAAAGACAAGCAGUCUUACCGCGAUCUCAAAGAAGUGACUCCUGAAGCACUGCAGAUGGUGAAGAGAAACUUUGAAUGGGUAGCUGAAAGAGUGGAGCUUUUGUUGAAACCACAGAGCCAAGGCAGAGUGGUUGUGCUAAUGGGAUCCACUUCAGAUCUUGCCCACUGCGAAAAAAUAAAAAAGGCUUGUGGAAACUUUGGCAUUCCUUGUGAAUUACGAGUGACCUCUGCUCACAAGGGACCAGAUGAGACACUUAGGAUCAAAGCUGAAUAUGAAGGUGAUGGAAUUCCUACAGUGUUUGUAGCAGUAGCUGGAAGAAGCAAUGGUCUGGGACCCGUGAUGUCUGGAAACACAGCAUAUCCUGUUGUAAACUGUCCUCCACUCUCGGCCGACUGGGGUGCUCAGGAUAUAUGGUCAUCUCUGAGGUUGCCCAGUGGUCUUGGCUGUUCCACAAUUCUUUCACCCGAAGGUGCUGCCCAGUUUGCUGCUCAGAUAUUUGGGUUGAAUAACCACUUUGUGUGGGCCAAGUUGCGCUCAAGUAUGUUGAAUACAUGGAUCUCGCUCAAGCAGGCUGACAAAAAGAUGAGAGAAUGCAACUUAUAAACCGCUUCUGUGUUCUGCCAGCUAUCAGAAUAUGGCAUACCAUUUCUAACUCAAGAACACACUCACCAGUUCUAUCAUAAACAGAUGAGCCUUCAGGUUCCAAGCACAUACGGUUAAUCUUUGUGGCUUUCUGAAAGCUGUAGAACUUCACAAACGCUACCAGUAUUAUGGAGUAGUUUUUACUGAUCCAUCUCAAUAGCUUAUUAAACAGAGCUAGUUACCUGUAUUGAUUUGUAAUCCUGAUCAGAAUGUUAAUUCUCAAAGUUUCUAUUGAACAGCUAGCAAUAACAGCAACUGUCUUAACCUAGAUUCUAAUUAAGAACUUGUUCAACAUGCAACAAUGUUGCAGAGGAAAGAAAGGCUAGCCAUUAUUUCAAGAUAGUAUUGUGAAAUCUGUAUUCGGAGGGAAAGUGUUUACCAAAUAGGAAUAAAAGCAGCUUUCACUAG